AUGGGGUUAAAAAAAGAAGAAUUGCAUGUUCAGUUUAACAAAUUAGUUUCCGCUGCCGAUGAAGGAAGUGAAGAAGCAGUAAAAAGUAUGCUAAAAGUACUAUUAAGUAGCAUCGAAAUAAGCAUGAAAAACAAUCCCGAUAAAGAUGAUUCAAAAAUAAUAGAAGAACAUAAUAUUCCUAUAGAAGAGUGUAGCAAGCAAGUGAAGCAAGAGAAAGAAGAAGUAAAAAAACUUUGCGAGAUUAAAGUUUGCUUGGUACGAUCAAAAAAAUUAAAGAAUUUAGAUAAUAUUGAUGAUUAUAUCAAGACACUUAAAAAGUUUCUAGUUUCUGUUCUUGAAGUAAGCAAAAGUAAUAUUGAGUUAAGAAAUGAAUUAUCAAAUCUCGAAGAAAAAAGUAAUGAAUUACGAGAUAAAUUAAGGAGCGGCGGCGAAUGCUUUAAGAAAAUAUUGAAUAAUAAAGAAAGUUUAGAGGAGAUAGUAAAGAUUAUUAAAUCUUUUCAAAAAAAAAAAGAGGAAGAAGUAAAAAAUAAGUUGGUCAGUUUUCAAAAAGCAAAAGAGUCUUUCUUGUAUUGCCUUGGAGAAACUAUUAACGAAUUAAAUAAGUGUUGUCAAGAAUUGAAAACGCACACUAAAGAAUAUGCCGUUAGGGAUGAAAUAAUUAAAGGAAUUAGAGGGAUGGGAGAAGCUUUUGAUAGCCCUAUCAAAAUAGUCAAUCCUAUUAAAUUGGCGGUAGAAAUAGCCUCUGUUUUUAACAAUUGUUGCAAGAUGAGUUUUUGUGACAAACGUAGUGAUGAGUUUAAAAAUUACUUGCAAGGUGAAGAGUUAAAUACGUUCUUAUUUAGCGAAACUUAUAAUUCUUUGAUUGAAGUUAUUCAAGAAAAUAAGGGACUAGACAUAAAGAUCAGUCUACACGUCACUAAAAUUCUAGAUUUAGAAGAAGGUUUGAGGGAAUACAAAAAACUCAAAACAUUUAAUAAUAGAUAUGAAAAGGAAAUUAUUAAAAAUCAGCCAGAAAUAGUCAAUGAAAAAGAUCAGGGCGGAAACUCUCUCUUGCAUUAUGAUACAAUAGAGGAUAAUACGGAGGUGAUUGGAUUGUUAUUAAGCAAAGGAGCAGAUAUAGAAGCGAAAAAUUAUUUUAGUGCAACUCCUCUACAAAUUGCCACGCUCAAGGUUAACCUGAGUUUAGUCAAAUUUUUAAUAGAAAAGGGAGCCAGACUUGAGGUUUUUGAUACAAAUAACAAUUUGCUCUUUGACAGCAGCUCAGGAGAAGGACGGGAAAUGAUUAAAUAUCUCUUGGACAACUGUAUUUCCAUAAGUUUACCAAUAAGUUUCAUUUCAGAAGAUAAUUCUUCUAAAAGUGCCCUUCUCUUCUCCAAAAAUAUUUUUUCCCAAAGUGCUUAUGAAAAAAUGAUGGAAAUUGAAACUAUAUCGGAGGAAGAAAGAGAAGAGUUAUUUGAAGCAGUAGAGGAAGGAGACGUUAAAUUAGUUAGAAAAAUAAUCAGUAGUGUCAAAGAAAGAAACAUCGACAUAAACAGCAUUCGAAAUGAGUCAGAUGGCACCUUAUUACAUUAUGCUGCUGGAGAAGGUAACUUAGAAAUGUUGAAAUUCCUUAUUGAGGAAGGAUGUGAUAUUAAUGCUAGUGAUAAAUAUGGUUGA